AUGACCAUGACGAUGCUGAUGCGAGCCAUCAUUACUACUAGAACAGCGACUACUUCUGCAUGCAAUUCUGUUUGCUCUCUUGGUUUAAUUUCUAGAUAUUCCACCACUCAGAAUUCCACUUCUACUAGAGGCAGAUCCCAUAUUAAAAGAACUCCUCGAUCUGCCAUCAACUCGCAACUUGUUGGUACUAUCAAACUGCGUCCAACCACCACUACUAUCAAUGAUGGAGUUUCUCCAUCCAACAAUUUCAACAAAUUGGGUCAACUUAAUCAACUGUCCUGGUUUGAUGCUGGCCUUUCCACUGAUCCCAUCGUUCAUCUGCGUGCGUUGGACAACUCGCUAAAAGCUGGAACUGAUGCCCAGCUCUUGGCUGCCUAUGACAGUCUUCGUGCUCUUGGAAAAGAGGCUUUAUCCAAGAUCUCACAUCGUACAUACCUGUCCUUGAUGGAUCGUGUGGUCAUGACUCGAGUCAAUACUUUGUAUUUUGGAAAUACCACUGGUGUCGUGUUGGCUGAUAUCGCAUUAAAAAUCCGUAAUGACUACAUGCAGUCUGGCCAUCAAGCUCAGCAGGAAAUGGAUGUUUUCACUUUACGUGCUGCUAGAUAUGCCGCCAAGACCGAUUUGGAUAAAGCUGUUCGUAUCUGCAGACAAGUGAUUGGAGAGUAUUCUGAUUUUCAGACAUCUCAGCGUGCUUCAGCUGGCCAUCAUGAAUCCGAAACCAGCACAGCAGCAGCUACUUUGGUGGAUGUGACUAUAUGCAAUGAGCUCAUUGCCGUGUUUGCUGCUGCCAAUCAACCCGAGAUUUGCAAGUCGCUCAUUUCUCGCAUGAUGGAAGUUGGUCUUCAGCCGCAGAUCACGACAUUUUGCCAUCUACUGAUUGCAUACUGUAAUGUCGGUGAUAUGGAAACCGCUGAAGCACUUUCUGUUCAGAUAUUUGAGCACGGCGAUGCGGAGCAUGCUCUUACUAUUCGCCAGCAUUUGUUGCAAGGAUAUGCUCAAAUCGGGAACAUCACCAAAACACAAAAAUACUUUGACCAAAUCACUUAUUCUACACAUAAACACACUACUGAAACAUAUAAUGCUAGCAUGAGAGUAUACUGCGAGCGUGGCUUGCCUGGUGAUGCUAUACGCAAGUAUCAGUCCAUGCGUCGAGCCCAAGUUGAGGCCAACGCUGAUACCUUUACCAAUUUGAUCCGUUGCUACGGCAAAGGAAAAAACAUUACUGCUGCUUCUCGAUUGUAUUACAAAAUGGAAAAUGUGAUCGGGUUUAGACCUACAACAGAUAUGCAAACUGCUAUGAUUGAAGCGUAUUUGAACUGUGGUGAUUCAAUGUUGGCAUGGACUGUACUUCGCCAUACAAUCAAUGAUCCUCGCAACAACACUACCAAUAAUCGAAACAACAGCAACCAUCCUGACCGUGAUGCUGGAAAACCAAUCACACCUGCGGCUUUACCCAUAAGUCUGUUUUUAGCUAUAUCCAAGGAUCUAAGUGGUAAACAUAUCGACUAUCUUCGUGAUCGUAUCCAUCUGUCACGUAUGCCAAUCCGUUCACGAGGUGUUAUUUUGGCUAAACUUAUGCAAGCAGCGCUGGUGUCUAAUGCAUAUGGUCCUAAAGAUCCAUCACUUGUGCUGACACUUUACAAUGAGUUUACUGUAAAGGAUGGAUGUGCAGUAUCGUCACCACCUCCUCCACUUGGGCAUAUCUGUGCAAUUCAAGCUAUGGGUAUAUUGGGUCAAUCCAAAGAAGCCUUGAAACUGUUUGAAACUACUUUAGACGAUUGUCUAGCAACUGGUAUGGCGACUGAAGCGUACAUUGCAAUAUUUUCAGCUCUAUCCAAUUCGACAGACAAGGCAUAUGCAAUGAAGCAAGCGCAAGAGAUGCUAACCCAUUUUGAACGCGAUGGUGUUGACGGCAAUGCAACUGAUUUAUUGGAACAGCUCGUAGGCUGUUUUGAAUCUGUUUCUAAACAGCGCGGUGCCAUUGAUUUAGCAACAGCAGCAAAUUCUAGUAUUGACCAAAAGAAAAAAAUCGCUUUUGUUCCUAUUCCUGGGGUUCAUCCAAGACUAUGUGCAUUACUGAAGCACGAACCUGUUGAAACACUAUGUGCGUUGAUUCAAUAAACUCAUGAAAUUUACAAUGUG